UGGGUUUCCUUUCCGCAGCGAAAUAGGGCAAACGAAGUUUUAAACUUAUCGAAACGAACUCCCGACGAGGGUGAAAGGUUGUCGAAGCAGCAGCUACCAGUCGCGUAACGCGCUAGUGCCCCCCGUAAGGUCAUCCCGAAAAAAACACGCCGAUCCGGUUCCAGUUAGUGUUCUCGAUCUCGAGUAGAGCGAAGCGAAGCAAAACCCAACGACAGAAAAAUGCCUUUCAAGCCAGCUGAGAACCCGAAGUGCCCGAAGUGCGGCAAGUCGGUGUACGCCGCCGAGGAGCGUGUGGCCGGAGGACACAAAUUCCACAAGCAGUGCUUCAAGUGCGGAAUGUGCGGCAAGAUGCUCGACUCCACAAACUGCGCAGAGCACGAAAGCGAGCUGUACUGCAAGAACUGCCACGGACGCAAGUACGGACCGAAGGGAUACGGAUUCGGUGGAGGCGCCGGGUGCCUCUCGAUGGACACUGGCGCCCAGUUUCAGCCGACCGAUGGCACGAACGGACAUUUCGAGCCGAAACCAAUGUCAAAGGCACCUGAAGGAGAGGGUUGCCCUCGCUGUGGCGGAUUUGUUUACAUGGCCGAGCAAAUGUUGGCACGUGGAAGAGCCUACCACAAGGGAUGCUUCAAAUGCGGUGAGUGUAAGAAGGGUCUCGAUUCUGUAAACUGCUGCGAGGGUCCGGAUCGUAACAUCUACUGCAAAGUUUGCUAUGGCAAGAAGUUUGGUCCGAAGGGUUACGGAUACGGCAAAGGUGGUGGAGCCCUGCAGAGCGAUAGUACUGUUAUCGAAAGCGAGUUUACCCUGAAACCAUCGACCGCGGACACGACGGCCAUUAAGGCAUCGCCUGGACAGGGAUGUCCGCGCUGCGGUGGCGUAGUGUUUGCCGCCGAGCAGGUCCUCUCGAAGGGUCGCGAGUGGCAUCGCAAGUGCUACAAGUGCCGCGACUGCACCAAAACGCUCGACUCGAUCAUCGCCUGCGAUGGUCCGGAUCGUGACGUGUACUGCAAGACCUGCUACGGCAAGAAGUGGGGACCGCAUGGAUAUGGAUUCGCCUGCGGAUCCGGCUUCCUGCAGACCGAUUGUAUGACCGAGGAGCAGUUGGCCUCUCAGAAGCCAAUGGUAUCGAACGAUACGACCUCGAUCAAGGCCCCGCAAGGUCAGGGAUGUCCGCGAUGCGGAGGUAUGGUGUUUGCUGCUGAGCAGCAGCUGGCCAAGGGUACGAUGUGGCACAAGAAGUGCUUCAACUGCAACGAGUGCCACCGUCCGCUAGAUUCCAUGAUCGCCUGCGAUGGUCCGGAUCGCGAGAUCCACUGUCGCGCCUGCUACGGCAAGCUGUUCGGACCGAAAGGAUUCGGUUUCGGACACACGCCGACGCUGGUCUCAACCGACGUCCAGUCGGCUCCAGUGCAGACCGAUCAAAAGCCAAUGAACGGACCGAAGGCCAAGGAUGGCAAGGGAUGCACCCGGUGCGGCUACGCGGUGUACGAGGCCGAGAAGAUGCUGAGUAAAAACCGCAUCUGGCACAAGCGAUGCUUCAGCUGCUUCGAGUGCCACAAAUCACUCGACUCGACGAAUCUAAACGACGGUCCGAACGGUGAAAUUUACUGCCGGGGUUGCUACGGCCGCAACUACGGUCCACGAGGCGUCGGCUUCGGCAUGGGAGCCGGCACGCUAACGAUGGCCUAAGAGGCCGACUAGCGGCGAUCCGGCCGAGCCCCCACCCGGUGGUCAAUGGCAUUAGUGAUGGACUAUAUUGAACUAUUUUUGUUUGUUUUCACAUUCUCUCUCGGAAUCGUUUUGUAACGAGUAUUUUUGCGUGUCGCUCAAUCCAAACCCAACCGCUCGCAGGAAUGGCGCACCGCAGAACAAUAUAGCGGAUUCCAGCCAAUAUAGAAGGCACGACUGCAAACGAUCGCUCCACGGCACACAGCUUCCCUUGGUGUGUAGGUCCGUGUAGAGUAGCAUUCCGAAUGGUCGUAUCCGUACGGCGUUGCGUUCCUUCGACCCGGUUAACGAUGGCGAUGGGGGACCUUUCAUACCCGAGAGAUUUCUUUUGCUUGGAAUUCGUUCAACUAUUUACUGCUCGUUUUCUGUUGAUUUCAUUUAUACUACUUCCGUAUCGCACCAUCUCCCCGUAAUUGCUUUUCGAAAAGAAAACAACUGUUUAUGCAAGUCGUAACAUUACCGUGUAAGAGUUUUUAGAUGUAAGCUUUGCUGCUCGUACAAAUAUUUAAAAGAAAAAUCGCAAGAAUCAUAAACCGUACACACGCAUGGCAGGCGGGAAUGGACAGCACGGAGGAGAAUGGAGGCAAGCGAAUGCUUCGAUUGAUAAUAAUUUCCAUGAACUGCAGUAAAGCUUACGGUUAGAGUAUUUUUUUGUGGAUAUUUUUGAAAACAACGAACGACCAGACCCUCCCCGGGGGCACACGAGUCCCCGGAGUCUGCGAUCAUUUGACGGUAGAAGACAUUUAACACUGGCCAUACACCAACACCCACACCGCGCAGACACUGAAGAUCACUUCGCAACAGGAAGCCACACGAUCGUAUCGACCGAUUAAUCGUACAACACCUGCAGGGCAUCCCGUCAUCAGUUUACUGCUACGUUUCAUCAUUAUUUAGAGAAAUUCUGCAGAUCCUAUGAUAAAAAAUGUUCAUAAAUGUGAAACAUGCAACGCCUUAUGCAUCGCUCUACUCAUUAAACAAGAGAAAAAGAAAACCGCGUCGCCACUAAACACAACAUGCCACAACAUAUUUGAUAGAACAAUUGUGUGUUAACCGUGUGUAACGUAGCGAGACGAUUAAAACCUUUUAUUCUAUCCAAACGAAAAGAAAUGUGAAAAAUGACCAAUUCCUACGCAACAAACGGUGGCGACAAUGAGAGAGAAAGCAUAACAACCACCGCAACAACGCUGUGAGAAGGAAUCAUAAUGAUGAUCGUGUAGACUUUAUCCUAACGCCUCUUGUGAGAACGCAUGUGCUUCUUCCCCGUUGUAUUAGAAGCUGAAACUAUCACUGGAUUUGAAUGGAACAGUUUUUUUUUAAAUCGUAAAUCUACUUAUAUCACAUUAUAUUACCAUUGUAAUCGCUAACUUAUAACAUUACUUUUUGUGAAGCAAAAGUAAUCAAUUGAAUAAUUACAACGCGCAACUGAUAACGUAACGUGAAACUUUAUAAAAAACGAUAUUUUAUCAAUAAAGGAACGGAAACAGCCGGA